UAUCGACGAGUGGUGCUAUCUUCACGUUGAGGUCGGAAACUUUUCAGACCGCCAGUUAUCUCACUCUGAAUCGGUACAGAAGAAUGCAACAUAGAAAUAUACUACAUAUGGAGGACUAUUUGGCAUUUCGUCAAUGAUCCCGUCAACAUGAGUGAAACCCCUAGCAGACGAUACCAUCUAAUGUUGUCAAAAAAUUUAUAAAUAAUAUAUCAUAACCAUUAAACUAAAAACGAUCAUAUGUUUUAGAUCGACGUGUCUUUAAUCAUUAUUUAUAAGGAGCAAUUUAUAAGGAGAUAUGUUAGAAAAUCUUGCUGUUAAAUUAUGCUUACUUUUACCAGAAAAGGCGCAUUCGGAACAAUGGAAAUUGUUAGGACAGGAAAGAGAUGGAUCGUUGUUAGUUGGGUGGACAGAGGAAAUUAUAGAAGACGGUGUGAGCACAUCAUAUACUGUUAUAGGCCAUUACGACCGGAUUAAUGACAAACUACAAGUAUUGCACCAAUUCUCAGAAGUAUUAAACAUUGUGCAAGCAACGAUAAAUCAGAGUAAAACUGUUCUUGGAUAUGUGAUAAAACAAAAAGUUAGUACAGACAACAAUGUUGAAUCUGAGGAAGAAAAAGAUCAAAGUAUGUCAACUGAAAUUGAGAUGUACGAAGCAUAUAUAAUUGAAUUAAAAGGAAAAGAAGUGAAAAUCCAUAAUUUAGAUGCAAAAAGGUCUAAGCAAGUACGAAUUCAAUUCUUGUAUAAAGAAAAAGAACAUGGGAAAUGGGACAAAUUCUUAUUGUUAAUACAUCAAGAAUGUAUUAUAAUAUAUACCAUAUUGUUUGAUACAUCUACAACAGAUUUUCAAACGAUACAAGAAUUAAAAUCUGAGUCAUUGGUUAAAGAAUUUAUUUGGGCACAAUGGGAUAUGAUAAAUCAAGUUUUGUAUCAUAUACAUCAUAGGCGAAUUCCAGUGAGUUUAGUUUCUGAAGAUGAAGAUACAAAGGAGAACAAAUCUGUGAGGACUAAUCCCACACUUAGUGGUCUUCAGUUUCAUACUGAGUUACCACAUGAAACAGUGUUGAACAUACCACUAAAUUUGCCUCAGUUAUCAACUUCUUCUAAGUGUGGAACUUAUGAAGAUGAUGUGAUACCUUUGAGAGUACACGAUUGCUCCUUAGAUCUUAUUGUCAUUUCUGAUUCCAAAGGAAUGGUCUGUGUUUGUCAUCACUAUUUGUAUCGUCCAGUAAAACCACAACAGCAUGUACUUAACUCGUUGAGUGAAUCUAACACAGUGCACUUUGCAUACUCUGUAACGCUUCUUCAUCAUAGUUGUGUAAUCCAUUGUGUAAUACCAGGCAUACCAUGGUCUCAGGCUAAACUCAUACGUCCGACGUUUGCUAUAUAUGGACAUCAUUACAUUAUUGUUCUUGUGCAAGGUUUAUUUACUCAUCUUCUUGAAAUUGGAACAAAUCAUGAACCAUGUUGCCAUAUAUUAUGUGGUCCUCUGACUGUUCUUCCAUCUUAUAGCUCUUAUUUAGUACCACUACUUGAACUUGAAAAUAACAAUAAAGGAGGCAAAAAGAAAUAUGAUUCAACCUCUGUGGAAGGAAAUAAUACAUCUAAUUUUAAUGUCAACAUAUUAACAAUAGACUUACCUACGUUGGAUUUAGUACAAUUAACAAUCUCUCCUGAUUUUCUCACUGAAGUAUUUCGUAAAGAAACUUCGAUCGAAGUACGCUUGGGAAUACUGCAUUAUUUUCUUUGUCAUAGAAAUGAUCUGGAUAUUAUUUCAGAAUUAGUAUGCACAAUUGCAGAGAAACCUAGAUCCUUGGAAAUUGUGCGAUACAUGCAAGAAAUUCUUAUUGGUGGUUCAUAUGCUUUAGUACAAAAGAAUUUAUUAGCAGAUGCUGUACCUUUAUUAGCAUUGUUACCUGUUACAACUAUGGAAGAAUAUACAAGUUUUGAAAUUAAAGUGAAUGAUUUAAAUAUAACAUUGAGUCAUGAAAAACUCUGGAAUACAUCAGUAAUGUUACUUUCACCUCAACAAAGAUUAAUUCCUUAUCGUAGCGAUUUAUGGACUAAAUUAUGGGAUCAACUAAGUAAAAAUAAUGGAGAUAAAGCAAGAUUUAAACCGAGUAAAAUUGCAGAGAAAUUGUUAGUUUCUUUAGCAUGUUAUCAGCCUGAAGCACUAUCCAGAUCCAGUACUCCAAUGUCUCCAAGUGGAGGAUUAGUUGUAGCUACAGUAUCACUUGGAGAUUUAACAAGUAGUCGAAACAGUAAAUUGCUUGAUUCAGGUUUGCCAUUUAAUGAAACAGAAAGUUGUACUGCUUCCAAACAAGAACACAUUGUAUCUGUAAAUUUACGAGAAUUAUCUAUGUACUUGUUAAAACAUGGUACACCAACAUCAAUAACGCAUGUUCAAGGAUCGUGUACUCCGCUGCAUGUUCAUGCUAUGGCAACCAGAUAUGUAGCAGCUCAAUUGGAAACUUCACGAAUCCUUUGUCAAAUGUUAUGUCGAGCUGCCAGUGUGGAGCCGAGAAUGGAACAAGAACGUGGUUUUAUCCUCGUUGAUCAAUUGGACGAAAUACGACGGUGGUUGUUAUUUGUAUUAUUAGAGCGAUAUAGACGUGCAAUAGAAAGCAUAGCAUUUCCAGCACCACAAGGAUUUACAUCAUUUUUCACGUACCUUGGAUAUAGGACUUUAAAAUAUUCAAUGUUUUUACAGUAUGUACAACGAUCAGUAUUUGAAUUACAAGUCGAUGUCAGUAAAAUUAUUAUGGCUGAUAUUAGUGAUACAAAAGAAAAUGUUAUACGUAAACUAACGUUACUGUCUUUGUUACCGAGAUCACGAGCUAAAAGACUUCUAAACCAAUGGUUGCACCCUGUAAGUUUCAUGUUACGAGCUCGUGAACACGCUGCUAAUAUUUUGUCUGGUGAAGUGUGUCAAAAUCGCGGAAGAACAUUACAGCAAAAGAAUCAUCACAAUGGUUUAGCAGCAUUUCCAUCUGCAGAUCGUUUAUCUCCAUUAGAUACAUUCCUUAAUCUGCUUACAGCAAAAGCUAGUUUAGCCGAAUUAGAUUUUGGUUUACUUAUAGAAGCUACAGUAACAUCUACAGAAGAUUUUUUGUAGGUAACUAUAUUUUAAUUGAUUUUUAAUGAAGCAAGACUACUACUGCAGGUAUUCUCACAUGUAUUUGUAAUCAAAACAAUAGUGCAAAUAAUCCAUAAAGUAUGCAAAGUGCCAUUAAUAUUUCUCAAGUAUUUGCUACUUAUAAAUGUAAUUUUCAUUAUAUUUUAUAUAUUUUUACGCAUUCCUCUUUUUUUAAUUCUUUAUGCACAGUAAAUUGGACAUGGAAAAAGAUAAAUAUAAUUUACUUUAUAAUUUAUUACAACUGAUGAUUAGAUGAGUGAAAAUCAUACUUUACAAUUAAAGUUUUGGUCAUUUAGUGUUACUUAGGAACUAGUUAACUAUUAAUAUUAUAAUUUAAUACAUAUUCCACAACAACUAUAUGUAUUCAUGUUUGGACUACUUAGGGUUUUAUGUUACGUCGUUAUAAUUUUAAAUUAAUAUUGUUAAUCUAUUAAUAAUCAAAAAAUUAUGUGAUGUUAUGUACUUAUAUUAAUUUUGAUAAGUUUGUAUACAGUGUACGAAUAUUAUGCAACUUUAUUAUAUUUUGUUAUAAUUAGU